AUGUCUCUACAGGUACCAGCAAAGGCCGGCGGCGCUGGCAGGUCGCGCUUCUCCAAGGCACUUCCCUCCAUCCCGCCCCCCGAGGCGACGAGUCCGACCGCGAGCCUGUUUCCCAUGCCGCCAACCUGGGCCACAGCCACGAACACGAACACGUCCACAGCCGCAGACAACAGGAGCAAGCCAUUGCCCGCCCCUCGAGCGUCGGACGACCUGCCAUCACCUCCACCACCCCCGCCACGCCGCGACCGCGACAACCACGACCCGACGACGCCAGCUCCAUUCUCGCCGCUGCCCCCGUUGCCCGGCCGGAAGCCUGUUGGGUCACCACCGACAGUCUCGACAUCUCCUUCGCUGCCUGCCCUCCCCAAGCCUCCUGCAGCGGAUGCGCCGCCAAAGAUGACGAUCCGACGUCGACCUGUGGGCAGCAAGCAGCAGUCGCAAUCGAAUGAGGGGUCGGUGCCAGCGUCACAGCCUCCUCCACAGCUUGCAACCGCAGGAUCCAGCACGCAGGUCGCUCAGCCCUCGACGUCGCAAGAAAACAAAGAAAAGGAAGACACCAUCUCACCAGUGGCCAGCGCCCAAGAGGAGGCUCUUCCACAAGAGCGAGCGUUGCCAGAGACAGGUGCGCAGGAAUCGCCAAAGCAGACAGAGAAGGAGCAGUCGCUGCCACCCUUGGAGCUUGCAUCCUCACUUUCAACAUCCUUCUCACCCUUGAAAUUGGAUUUCUCAGUCUCUUUGGACACGACUGCCGUCUCGACGUCGACGACGCCUGCGCAUGCAGGCGCAACUGGGUCAUCGUCAACAGUGUCCUCGACCUCCCUCGUCUCUUCCCAGGAGGCGGCUCCCACGGACGAUCAAUGUUCAACACACAUACUAUCGCCUCCUCAUUACUCGGACACUUUUGACCUCUCUCAGUAUCAGUUCCCACAGAAGUCGCCAUCAGAGUCGCUCUCCAGCAUCUUAUCCGCGUAUUCUCGCAGCGACACAGCUUCCAUCAUCCGGUCAUCGGACGGCACCGCCUAUAGCACAGUCGACUCAACCACCACAGACUCACCUGACCACGACGCCCCAUCCGCGUACCUGGCCCCGUCUCUCGGCAAACACCUUGCUAGGCCGUCCCUCUCCACAAUCACAUCGGUGGGUACGCAGAAGACUCUCGUUCUUGCCCCGCCGCCUGCUCCUCUGAAGGACGACACCACCACACAGCGAACCGAGUCUCCUGUGCGCGGUGCGGGUCACGAAUUCGGGACCCCUUCGCCUCCGCGACAGCAGAUUUGGCAGCGCCGCCGCUCCCUCAAGGGCAGCCGCGAUCUCCCAGAUCUCCGCCUGGACAAGAGCCACGGUUCGACCGCAUCUUGUUCCUCCAUCUCGACCAUUCGCGCCUCGCAGAAGCCUCUCCCGCCCCUCAAGGCCUCGCCGACAUCUCCUGAUCCUCCUGCGGAAGCAUCAGACUUGACUGAACGCGAGGUGGCGCCUGCGCUUCCAGCGAAGGACUCCGAAGCAAUGGGUCAUGGAAACUCAAAAAUCAACAAACUGAAGAAGGUUCUCCGUAAACCUCACACCUCUGAGGACAUGGCCAAAAGCGUCAGCGGCUGCUCGGUGACGACGAAUACGCAACUCAUCAGCCCCCCAACACCCGAAUACCAGCAUCAGGACGUGCAGACGCCUGUCAUGAGUAGCUUCAAGGCGCCAGAGUCGCCCGCAACGUCCCCCGAGCGACACGUACCGCACCCGACUAUCACCGCCAACCUGUCCAAGGAGCUGCCGCAGCCUCGGGAAUCGCCUGUAAAGGAGACAAAGGCCAUCACUAGGAAGGCUGUGCCGGUCUUGACGCCAAAGGCGGAGCCAGCCCUUCGGCACGUCCUCACUCAGGACGUGCCUCGCCAGCCCCUGAACAAGCCAGCCGAGGACGCCAGCGUACGCCCCGCGGCCCUCCUGGCGGCCCACUCCCAGGCCCCUUUCCAGGUCAACCUGGGCCACCCGGAUCUUAUGGAGGCUUCCCGCAGCCCCCAGGGAAGAGCUCGCGCCCGACGUCAGUAUCCUCAGCCCGGCCUACUUCGCGAGGCUCAGUGCGACCCAACGGGCCUCCACGAAGACCCGACGCGGAACAGCGGAUGGUCAGGUCCGCCAAUGGAGAUCUCUGCUACCGAGGUCGACAUGGCACCCUGUAUCCGGAGAUGA